AUGUUAUUCGACGCCAACACGGUAUUCGACGUGAAUAAUCCUCAGAUCCUUCAAGCCUCCUUUGCCGCAGGAGUCUUCUUGCACAUCUUUGCGUUUCGCAAAGGUGAGUGGGAUUUGCUGGUCCCUCACCUUACCUUUGCAUAUGCUGCUUUGUUUUUUGGUCUUUCUGGAUGGAUUCUCCACGUCCAAGACACGAACACCUUGGAGAAUUUGGCCGCAACUUUCUUCUCUAUCAUCUUGAUCGGACUUUUUCACGUUACGGGUAUCCUUACCAGCAUGGUUUUGUACCGUGUGUUCUUCCACCGUCUGAGAAAAUUCCCCGGGCCGUUUUUGGGUCGCAUUUCGAACCUCUACCCCACAUACCUUCGAGCCAAGAAGCUCCAUCUGUAUGAAGAGGUAGAAAUACUUCACCAGCAGUAUGGCGACUUUGUCAGACUUGGGCCGACUGAGCUGUCAAUCAUUGACCCAAGUGCAGUCGAGGCGAUCUAUUCAGCAAGAUCCCGUUGCACCAAAGGUCCAUUUUACAACGUGACCCAUCCUCGCACUCCUUUGAACAUGAUUAGAGACCGGACCGAGCAUCACGCUCGUCGAAAAAUCUGGGAUCGAGGGUUUAACGCUCAAGCAUUGAGAGACUACGAGCCUCGUGUAACAAAGUACACAGACGAAUUACUUUCCCGGUUAUCUGAAUCUCAGGGCACUGUUAUUAAUGCAGCCGAUUGGUUCAACUUCUACAGCUUUGACGUCAUGGGAGACCUUGCAUUUGGUAAAUCCUUCAACAUGUUACGAGAUGGCGUCAAGCAUUAUUUCAUGACAGCCUUGCACGCGUCCAUGACAUUGAACGGCUAUUUAUCUCACAUCGCAUGGAUCUAUCCAUUUGUUAAACUCAUUCCAAUCAUCAAUUCAGAAAACUCAAAAUUUUGGGCCUGGUGCGGAAACCAGGUUGAGGAACGAUCAAAGAACAAACCAGACAAGCCUGAUGUCUUUUCUUGGAUUCUUGAUGAAUACGAGAAGAACCCGAAAACGAAGCAAGCUAAGCUUAAUCUCGAUGGAGAGGCAUAUUUGAUCGCAGUUGCGGGAAGUGAUACUACAGCAGUGACCCUAACCAACUUUUUCUUCGAGCUGGCGACGCAUAAAUCGCAAAUCCGUACUCUCCAACUUGAGAUUGACGAGUAUUUCAGCCAGAGAGACAAGGUUGACGCCCACUCGCUGUCUAAACUUUCUCAUCUGAAUGCUCUGAUUGACGAGACGCUUCGACUGCACCCUCCCGUUCCUUCCGGGCUUCAACGAGUUACUCCACCGGAAGGUUUGAUGAUAGGGAAGACACGGGUCCCGGGAAACACAAUUGUGCAGGUCCCACUACACACGCUACAGAGAGAUGAACGCUUUUUUGAAAAGCCUUUGGAAUUUAUUCCGGAACGCUGGACUACCAUGCCAGAGCUAACCAAAAAUAGUUCUAUAUAUGCACCAUUCUCUAUCGGGCGUUAUUCAUGUGUUGGAAAACAACUCGGCUUAAUGGAGAUCAGAUACGUUGUCUCGCAGAUUAUACGGCGCUUUGAUGUGCAGCUAGCACAAGGGCAGACGACAGAAGCUUUCCUACAAUCCAAGAGAGACACCUUCACUCUGGCAAUUCCGAGACUAGAUCUGAUUUUCACACCUAGGACUUGA